GCGAAAAACCUGUUGAAUUUCAGAAGGCUGACGAAUGAAAAAAUUUCCAAAAGCGGGUAGUUUGGAACUAUGGAGCAUAUUCCAUAAGAAGGAGCGGAGCGCCCACAGUUUGGCGCCUGAUUCAUCACACAAGAGUCAGACCAGGUUCUGUUAUCGGCAUGUCCCACGUUGAUUCUCCCACUCUCAAUUUCGUUAGCGUAGAGGAAGAGAUUCCUGAUGCGACGCAAGUUUCGAAUGAACCAUGAUUCUUCCUUCACUAAUCCAGACGCCGGAUUUCGCCUCUCCAUUUCCAAUUGAAUAACACCACUCCCUCUCUUCUGUUCUGUUGCGUCAUCUACAUCGCACCCCAUUACUCGAUUCGAUGUCAUCUCCGCCCGAGGACUCGUCGGGCGCUCUCCGCUGCAAGCGUAACGACGGUGCGCGGUGGCGCUGCAGGGAAUUUGCGUCGCCGGGGAAGUCGUACUGUGAGAAGCACUUGAUCCAACUGAUGAAGCAAAGUCUGCAUAGGGUGCGGAAAGGAGGGAAAGGCUGCUGUUCCGGCGAGGCCACUGCUGCCGGCGGGAGUUCUCACCGUGACGUACAUGCGUCGGUUAGAGUUAUGAAGGAGACGACGACGAGGAAGGAGGUGAAAGAUGGGGGAUGUGGAUCGCACGAGGUAGCGAGUGAAGAUGAGCUCGGGCGGAAUGGAAUUCUGGUGAGAAAGCACAAGAGGCAGCUGUCUACUUAUGAUGGAGAGGAAUUUCCUUGUAAAGAUGUUACUAGCGUGAGAGAUUCUGGAAAAUCUGAGUUCAGUUCUUUCGAAUUGAGUCACGGAAAGAAUAACUUCCGGAAGGAAAAGGCCAAUUCUGCGGAAAGGCAAAGCAAGUCCGCUAAGCACAAGAGAAAUCAUGUUUUAGCGAAUGGAAAACUGGUGGAGGUGGGUACGCCAAAUAAAAAGGAUGGUGGGAGUUUGAUGUGUCAUCAGUGUCAGCGAAAUGAUAAAAGUGGGGUUGUCUUCUGUUUAAAAUGCCAUAGAAAACGGUUUUGCUAUAAGUGUAUUGAACGAUGGUACCCUGAUAGAACAAGGGAGGAUGUUGAGAAUGCAUGCCCAUUUUGCCGUGGUCACUGUAAUUGCAAGGCUUGCUUAAGAGAGUUUGUAGAGGUUGUUCCCAAAGAAUUGGAUGCAAGUGUAAAAGUAGAGCGAUUAAAAUUCUUGCUAUAUAAGGUUCUGCCCGUUCUCAGGCAUAUUCAAAGGGAACAGAGUUCUGAACUGGAGAUUGAAGGCAAUAUACAGGGUGCUCAAUUGACAGAAGUGGAUGUAAGAAGAAUUAAACUGGAUAAUACAGAGCGCAUGUAUUGCGACAAUUGCAACACUUCGAUCUUUAAUUUUUACAGAAGCUGCUUCAACCCAAACUGUUCUUUCGAUCUAUGUCUUAGCUGCUGUAAAGAGCUAAGGGAAAGUUUCCAUCCUAAAGGAAGAGAGUGUCAGUUAACAUCCACAUAUAAGAAUGGCAUGUCGUCAAGUUUCCAGGGUUGGAGUGCCAAUCCUGAUGGUAGUAUACCAUGUCCUCCAAAACAAAGUGGGGGUUGCGGGAUUGCAAAUUUGGAGUUGAGACGUACCUUUAAAGCUGAUUGGACUACGAAGUUGAUAGAAGGAGCAGAGGGGCUUACAAGUGAUUACAAAGUACCUGAUAGUUGUUCUUCUGAAGUCUGUCCGUCAUGCUAUCUUAACAGUAAUGAAGUCAGACAAGCAGCUUUCAGGGAAAAUAGUCACGAUAACUUCUUAUACUCUCCAAAUGCUACUGAUAUAAUGGAUGAUGCCGUUGAUCAUUUUCAAUUUCACUGGAUGAAGGGUGAACCAGUUAUUGUCAGAAAUGUUCUUGACAAAACAUCUGGUCUUAGUUGGGAACCUAUGGUUAUGUGCAGAGCUUUUAGACAAACAGGUGCAAAUGUCAAGUUCAAAGAGGAAACACGCAGGGUGAAGGCCAUUGAUUGCUUUGACUUGUGUGAGGUUGAGAUCAAUAUCCACCAGUUUUUUGUGGGUUACUUGGAAGGCCGUAUGUACAGAAAUGGAUGGCCAGAGAUGUUGAAACUGAAGGAUUGGCCUUCAUCAACUUCAUUUGAGGAGCGUUUGCCUAGGCAUUGUGCUGAGUUUAUUGCAGCACUUCCUUACAGCGAAUAUACCCACCCAAAAUAUGGUCUUCUGAAUCUUGCUACCAAACUUCCAGAAGGCUCACUAAAGCCUGAUAUGGGACCCAAAACUUAUAUUGCGUAUGGAUUCCAGGAGGAGCUCAGCAGAGGUGACUCUGUAACAAAGCUUCACUGUGAUAUGUCUGAUGCGGUAAAUGUACUGACUCAUACAAGUAAAGUUAAUAUUAAGCCCUGGCAAACCAAAAUCAUUGAAAAGAGGCAAAAACAGUUUGCUGCUGAAGAUCUUUCUCAACUAUAUGGUGGAAUAGAUGGACUUAAGGCUUCUAAGAAAGAAAUUCUUGGGUGCACAUCAAGUCAGCAAUGUGGUCAAUCUUCAGACGAUACAACUAAAAUCUUUAAUGAAAAUUGUGAUUCAGAAAAAGCCUCAGGGUGCAAUGAAGAUAAUAACCUAAGAUCAAAAGGUUCAAUUAUGGAUAGGGCAGAUAGUCAUUUAGAAAAUGACGAAAAAAUGGAGGUUGCUAUGGGUGGAGCUGUUUGGGACAUUUUCCGUAGGCAGGAUGUUCCCAAGAUAGCCAAGUACUUAGAAAAGCACCAGAAGGAAUUUCGUCAUAUGAAGAAUAAACCUGUAAAUUCUCUUGUUCAUCCAAUUCAUGAUCAGACUAUUUUCUUCAAUGCAAAACACAAGAAGCAGCUGAAGGAGGAGUUUGGUGUUGAACCCUGGACAUUUGAACAGUUCAUUGGCGAGGCAGUUUUCAUUCCAGCAGGAUGCCCUCAUCAAGUGCGAAAUAGACAAUCAUGCAUAAAAGUGGCUAUGGACUUUGUGUCCCCGGAAAAUGUGGAAGAAUGCUUUCAGUUAACAGAGGAGUUCCGUCUGCUCCCAAAAAACCAUAGAGCUAAGGAAGACAAAUUGGAGCUUAAAAAGAUGACACUUUAUGCUGCAAGUUCAGCUAUUAGAGAGAUCAGGGAAUUGCUGUUAAAGCUUGACUGAGAGCAAGAGCAACAUCCUGUGGGUCCCUGGGCUUCUGGUUCAAUCAUGGCCAAAUAGCCAACUAAAGUCUUGGUCUUGGAAUAAGCUGCGGAAGUUCUUCAAUUCAAAUAUCUUUUUGUGUAACGUGGGGACCUAUAGGCGCUUCAAUCCGCCCUGUUACGAGCUAUAAACUCAGUUGCCAAGAUUUCUUGCACUCUUGGUAGCUGUUAUGAUGUUUAUAUAUGCAAAGACAAUAAAAGAAAUGUGGAUGCUGACAAAGAGACCUUCUCUAACUUAAAGAACACCUCCGGAUCAUUUGAAGUAGAAUGGAGCCUUCAUGAUUUAAGGCAAGGGAAUACUGUGGGAGCUUUCUACAGUCUUUUUAACUGCUGUGGUAACAACUUGAUAUUUGUGUGAAUACUGAACGGGAAUGCUCAAAUGAUAAUGGAAGGUACAAAAAAAUAAUUGGGAAAAAAAGUCUUCAAUUUUUUUCUUGGCCUAAUAGAAACCUA